CCGAGUCCACAGGAAAAAAAAAAGGCGAAUAAAUACUAUAAUGUUAAAGUUGAAGGUGACCCUGUGAACACAAAAGCAUAGCCAUGACCUUCACCAUUCUGAGAACCUCUUCAACUCCAAUCUGUUCCAAACCCAUUUUUUCAAAUUUUCUCCUUUCUUCUCCUCCCACAUCUUUCUCCUUCCCAAACCCCAUUGCUUCUUCCACUCUUUCAAUUUUCGCGUCACCCUCUUUCCAACCCAAACGUCGUUUUCGAGGUGGGAUUGUCGCCAUGGCUGCACCUGGUUCACUCCACAAAUCCGAGGAAGAGUGGCAGGCAAUUCUCUCCCCUGAUCAGUUUCGCAUUCUCAGGCAAAAGGGCACGGAGUUCCCUGGAACUGGAGAGUAUGACAAGUUCUAUGGUGAGGGAAUUUACAACUGUGCUGGUUGUGGGACUCCUCUCUACAAGUCAAUUACAAAAUUCAAUUCUGGUUGUGGCUGGCCAGCCUUCUAUGAGGGUCUUCCCGGGGCUAUAAAUCGCACUGCGGACCCUGAUGGGAUGAGGACAGAAAUAACCUGUGCUGCUUGUGGGGGACAUCUAGGUCAUGUUUUUAAAGGUGAAGGAUUUCCAACACCCACUAACGAACGCCAUUGUGUCAAUAGCAUUUCACUGAAAUUUGUACCAGCCAAUUCUCGGUAAAAUUGAGUCUGCUGUUUGGACAUGACUGCUUAAGUUUUUAAUAUCAGUAAAAAAAUGUGAUGUGCUUGUAUUACGAAUGAAGUUUAUAAAAUUGAUGAUAAGAUGACAAUGUCUCAUAAUUAAAGAGUGAUUUGAUUGUUUGUACCUUUA